UCCGCGUCGUAUAAUCCGUCGCUUAAUGAUACGAUCAACGGUGCUUAAUUCGCCUAAUUAGUUCCCGAUGGCACGAUACAAAUAUUAAUCGCGUCUCGAUGCAAACGAUCGAUGAUAGCGCGCGCGCGCGCGCGCGGAACGAUUCGCUCGUAGAUUCUUCUUCGAGUGUUUGAUAAUGAAUAAUCUCGCGUCCGUCUGCACUUGUCGAAAACGCAGGAGAGCGACAACGACAAGUUCCAAUUGUUGGACGCUAAUUGCCAUAAUUUGCGCAUAUUGUCUCCAUGUUGCGCGCGAUAUUACAGCCGGCAAAAAUUACGCCAUUUUUAAAUGCCGGAUUUGACGUCUCCUCGCGUGAAAAUCUUCCAAGGUGCGAAAAUUUCAAAAUUAUACACCGAAGAAAAGGACUAGUACUUAUGAUAAAAAGAAAACGGAGAGCGAAGAGAGGAAGAAGAAAAGGACGAAGAGUGCCUCCGGCGCACGGAGUAUCCCUCAAGGUCAUCCUCGCACACCUAGCGCGUUACUUUCGUCGCGAGGGUGUCGACACGUGCCUCGGGGAGGUAGAAAAUCACCGAGAAUCUUCGCAAGGAGAUCUCGUAUGGGAAGAGGACGAGGGGGAGGAGAGGGGGUAGUCUUACACAAGUAGGAUAAUCUUACGCGCUAAAAGAGACCCGAAUCGAGCUAAACGAGAGGAAGCGCGAAAGAAGAAGAGACAAGGACGUACGCCGAUAAAGAGAAGAACGAAGUAACAAGGUGAGACGGUAUACGACGAAGAAGAAGCGCAGCCCGAUCGUGCUGAUAGUGGGGCAGACAAGAAACGUCGAAAGAAGAAAAAUAGUCUGAGAAGGAGAGACGAACGGACGGACAACGAAGAAAUGGUUCGCGAGAAAGCGGAGAGACAGAGGAGUCGAGGAGACGAGUAAGGGAAGAGAACGAGAGACCGAUCGCAUCUAUGAGGGAGAGAAAGCUAGAGGAUCAUUCUCCGAGUCUCUUUCUUCUCCUUUUUCCGUCUCUCCCUUUCUCUCGCACUCCCUAUCUCUUCUUUCUCCUUCUCUUUAUCCCUCCUGUCACGUGCACCUGUCUUCGUUUACCUGGUGAACGCCCCGCCCCGGCCAAUCGAGGUACGGCGGGCCUGGUGACGUCAGUCACGCGUACCAGGAGGCCCUAGGUAGAGGGGACGAGAUCAUCCACCACCACCUUUGGAGGCCACGAGAGCCCCACGGGGGCCAGCGGCUAACAGCAGCCAGCGGCGGCGGUCUGGCCGGCCGUUUGCCGCGGGGUGGGGGCAGGAAGAGGGGUACUCUGGACCUGGCCAGGUCGCAGAAACAACGCAGGAGUAACCCACCAAAACCCAUCCUAUAUUUCCCACCACGGUGGCUCGUCCGGAAAACGUGCGCCAGCUUCCGGACGGCGUUUCGUCCGAGUUCAGUCAAGUGAGUCGAGUCGCACAUACGUCCUCUCGGACGACGACCGAUCGCAGGGGGUUCCGGGCGAGGAAAGACGGAAGUGUUGGCGCGUGCCGACGAGAAUUUAAAGGGCUCUCACGGUGUCGAUCGUUUGGAGAGCGUCGGUGUCGAUCGAGCGCGGAUCCGAUGUAAAAUAAUUCUCGGGAUGUCUCUGGGACGCGGAGAGAUUUUCCGACUCGGUAUCGCGACUCGAUGAUAUCCAGUAGAAUGUCCGCGCUGUGACAGGUAGGGCGAGACCUUUCCCUCCGAUUAGUAACCUCGCGCCGAUUCUCACCGGAUCGCUCGCGUCCCAUUUCGAGGGGGGUCCUCCCGGUCGAGCCAUUCCGUCGGUUCCGCGCAUUGUGAUUAUCGACGCGACUACCGGGGAUCGCAUCGGUGGUAAAAGAGUGCGUGCACUCGGGAGGGGUGUGUGAUGCCCUGGUUAUGGUUAAGCGUGAGUGAGGUCAGUGGCGAGAGGCGGAGAGGAAGAAUCGGUUGCAGAACGUCACCUACAUCGUUGCCGUCGUCGUCGUUCUGCCAGCCGUUCUGCAGACGACGAGACUAGUGACCGCGCAAGGUCGACCUCGAGGCAGAGGCACGCGAUUAUGGUGCACCAUCGUCAUCGUCGCCGCGGCCUCCAGGCGAGCCACCACUGCGCCAUCGGGAGACGUACGUGCGUCUCGCUCCUCCAGGUAAUCCUGCUGAUCCUCGGUCUCUGGCUGCCCUUGUUCGAGAACGGCGCGCUGGCGUGCGGGCCUGGUAGGGGCGGUGGCCGACGGCCGGUCGUGAGGAAGCUCACACCCCUGGUCUUUAAGCAGCAUGUGCCAAACGUCAGCGAGAACACCCUGCCGGCGAGCGGCCUCGGCGAGGGACGGAUAUCUAGGGACGACUCCAGAUUCCGAGAUCUCGUGCCCAACUACAACUCGGACAUUGUCUUUAAGGACGAGGAGGGCACCGGCGCGGAUCGUCUCAUGACACAGAGGUGCAAGGAGAAGCUCAACGCUCUGGCGAUCUCAGUGAUGAAUCAGUGGCCGGGGAUAAAGCUGAGAGUGACAGAAGGCUGGGACGAAGAGGGCAAGCAUGCGGUGGAUUCCCUGCACUACGAGGGACGAGCUGUCGAUAUAACAACGAGUGAUCGAGAUCGCUCCAAGUACGGGAUGUUGGCGAGACUCGCGGUCGAGGCUGGUUUCGAUUGGGUCUAUUACGAGUCCAGAUCCCACAUUCAUUGCUCCGUCAAGUCUGAAUCGUCUUCAACGGGCAAAUCCGGCGGUUGUUUCCCCGCAAAGAGUCUGAUCAGAACGGAACAUGGCGGCACAAAGAGGCUGGACGAGGUGCAUCUGGGCGAGCGCAUCGCCGCCCUGAAUUCCCACGGAGACAUCGUGUACAGCGAGGUGAUCGCCUUCCUGGAUCGCGCCCCGUCCGAAAUGCGGGAGUUUGUCCAUCUGACGACGGAGUCCGGUCGAGUGCUCACGUUGACGCCGGCACACCUGGUGCCCGUGGAGGGUCGUUCGUCGAUCUUCGCCGCCAAGGUACAGCUCGGCGACAGGGUCCUCGUGAGCGAUCCCGUCGCGAGAAACGGCACGGACAGCUCUCCACGUUGGGACAAGGUCGUCGAGACCAAGCUGGUGCUCGAGAAGGGCGUGUACGCGCCGCUGACGACGGAGGGGACGAUCAUAGUGGACGACGUCGUGGCGUCCUGCUACGCCGUCAUCGACAGCCAGACGGUGGCUCAUUACGCCUUCCUGCCGCUGAGGGUCUGGAGCAGCGUGACGUCCUUCUUCGUGCAAAGGUUGGACGACGCGUCGCACGUCAGAGGACAAAACGAGGACUCUCGGCCGACGAAGGAGGGCAUCCACUGGUACGCGUCGAUGCUCUAUUCGCUGUCCACCUACGUGCUGCCGUCCAGGAUGCUCUACGGUUGAAAUCUCGCAAACGUCGACAGAUAUUGUUGCCUCGAGUGGAAUCAUCGGGGAUCAUCGGGCUCGAGUGCUUGGCGCGAUGUGACGUUAUAAAGACUUUUCGACACUGGAGCCUCUCGAACUUUAGUGAUUUGAUUAAUUGUGCGUCCAAGUGCUGUCGAGGCACUCGAGCCACUUUCUUUUACGGAUCGUGGAUUCGAAUGACACGCGUGUCGUCAAAGACAGUAAUGUAUAACCGUGAUUGAGUUCCCAUUCGUAAGAGGAAGAUUAGAUACAUUUAUCUAAUACGCAAGAAUAAAAGACGUCGUUCUAAACGAGAGAGUUGGCCAGUGAGACCUAUCCGUGUUCACCGAAUGAUGUGUAGUAUAUUAAAUCUAUAGGACAAUAUAUAAAAGAAUGAUUAAAAAGAAUGAAGCUAAAGAGAAAAUCGAAGCUUUUCUCUUUAAUAUAAUAUUCCUUCUGUUCCUUAUAUACGAAAGCGCUCGCGAAUCGUGUGUAUCUUGUGCGGUAUAUCUGUGUAUGAAGUUAUCUAAGAAAAUGUGUAAGAUAAUAGAUUACUGACUUUUCUGUCAUAACGUUAUCCCAAUCAUUUGUACGUGCAUGCAGCAAGAAUGAGUCUAUAUUUAAACAUAUCUCCGUUGUUAUAAUUAAUUUAAAGAGAUGGAGAGAAGUAUCUUGAGAGGAUUUACCUCUCUUAGGAAAUCAAGAUUAUUGUACAUAGAGCCCACUUUUUCUUUUUAUUCUUCAUCUAACGCAUUCAAAAGGGGACGUAAUCUGCUUCGAGUUUUCAUUUCAUUAACACACAUCGCUCUUGUAUCCACUAUUAUAUUUAACGUUAUAAACUUGAAACUGUAACUAUAAAUCUGUGUUCGGUUUAGCUACACUUUCUUGCAGUUUCAAUUAUGUAUAUUUAAAAUAAGAUAGUUGUAGAUUUAGAGAUUUUCCAAGGAAGGAAAUAGGAGCAACGAGAUGCAGGAAGUGUGCGACUGAAACGAACAGAUCUUAUAGAAAUUCGUUGCUACUAUCAAUUGCCAAUUGUGACAGCAACUAUCGAGUACCUUUUCGUUGUAUAGUAAUGUUAAAUCGUAUCGCGUUACUGUCACAUUUUUACUGUCACAACAAUCGUCAAUUAUAAUCGACUUAAAAAUUAAUUAUUUUAAUAAUAUAUAUAAGAAU